AAUUUCAGGCUUUGUGUGCUUUUAGCCAUGAAAAUGGCAUUUGCAUUGCUUUUUAUAUUUGUAUUUUUAUGGACGUCAGUGGUACCGCAAAGCAUUGGCAAACUCAAUCAAAUCGAAGUUCCUAUAAUGGAAUCAAUAAGAUACAAAAAAUGGACCAGACUGGAACCAAGCGUACGUUUCUUUGAUAAACGAUGGACCAGACUGGAGCCAAGUGUACGUUUCUUUGACAAACGAUGAUGCAAGUUGGAGUCAAACAAGCCAAAAAAAGCCAAGCACAUAUCCUUUUGUUACGAAGUUCUGUUUUGUAAUAGCAAAUGAUAGCUGAUUCUUUUCCAAAUGUGUUUUCUCUCUAAUUUCUCUUUCCAAAUUAUACAAUUUAUUUUUAAAAAGUUGCAAAAACACAAACACAUUUUGUAAUCAAACUUCUUUUUUACA